AUUCUCUCUCUCUCCGCUAUUCACAAAUGCCUCAUUAUCCAGAGUGAUUUCAGGGUGUAGAGCUCCUAGAAAGUCUCUUGAAAGUGAACGAAUGACAGGUGGACAGAUCAUUAGUGUUUUAAGGGUGUAAUGAUGACUAUUACGCAGCAAUAGUGCUGGUAAACAUUGCUUUGAACAGGUGACAAUAGCAGAGGUGCUGAAGGUCUAGACUGGUGAUAGAUGAAUACAUCAGUGGAUGGAUGGAUGGACUAAUCAGAGGUGGUCUUUCACAGUAAUCUUAGAAAUAAUUGAAUUCAAAUCCUACAAACAGUAUUACAGAACAGUACAAUACAGUAUUAUAGCUGCUGCCUUGAGGAAAACUUCAGGUUUAAACUUGUUGGCUUCAGAUGUGAUAAGAAGGCUUGAAAUCCAAGCUGAAAACAUUUUUUUUGGAGGGGUGCUGGGAUUGAACUUGAACUGAAAAAAAAUCAGUGUGUUGAUACAGGACAGACCUUUUGACAUAAGACGGUAAAUUAUAACAAGUGUAAUUAACAUGGAAUGGACAAGCUAACCACAACCAAGAUUGUGAAAGUAGAGGGGGGAUCUGGAAAAGAAAUCCAGAAACACAAAGAAACUGUAACAACCACAAGACUGACAUCUCUACCCCCAAAGGGCAACAGCAGCUCCGUGAGCAGCCAGCAGGUACUGACCUCCACUGUGAACAGCUCAGGCUCUGGAGGAGCUUCAGGAGGAGCUGUUCUGGUGGAGAAGAUCAUCACCCAGAGCAGAGCAGAAGCAUCCCAUAACAUAAGUCAUAUCAUAUCUUCUCUCUUCUCUCCAGCCUCCUCUUCUGGAAGUUCAGGAGCAGUAUCUGUGAUUAGUGGAUUUGAAGAAAUAUCUCGCGAAAUCAGUGUAACCGGACCGAUUAGUAGCUCUACAGUUAAAAGUUCUAGCUCUGCAGUUAAAAGCUCUAGCAGUGUCUCUACCUCCAUCACAACAGUAGGUGGUUCCUCUGCAAAAGGUGGAGAUCUUUCCUGUGGAUACGGGUCCAUCUCCUCCUCUGAGUUUGCGUCUGGUUCCUCAGGGGGUUCUGUCAGUGUUUCUGGAGGCAGUAUGAACAUAUCCAGAGGUGGAGGAGGUGGCGCUGGCUCUUCUGCAGUCACGUCUGCCGCAGGAACUUCCAGCUCCAUGACUGUGACCAAGUUCAGCUCCUCGUCCCCCAGCGGGACACGGAAAGGUUUGAGUUACAGCACAGCUCCUGCAGAGAGGAAGACCAGUCUGAGCCUUCACAAUGGAGGAUACGAGGGCAACUCCAAAUUCAACCCCUCAACACAAAACGUAAAGAAAGAAUAUGUCAAUUCAAAAAGUGUCGCCACUAGAGGACGCACUCAAACACGAGAAAGUGAGAUCAGAGCCAGAUUGCAGAGUACCUCACCCUCCACUAGAUGGACAGAGCUGGAUGAUGUGAAGAGAUUACUGAAGGGAAGUCGCUCCGGGAGCAUCAGUCCACCUCGCUCUCCCACCAACACUCUACCUAUCCCCAAAAAAGCCAGUUUGGACACCCGUCAUGAGAGCCAGUCAGGUUAUGACGGCACAGUCCUGGAUGCAGGAUUCAGCGGAUAUUACACCAACCCAAACAACCUCAGUUACACCACACUGCAACACCCAUCAUCACCCACAGGUGGCAUGCAGAAUAAUCUGACCCUCAGCUAAUCCCCCCACAAUAGCACAGUAUAUGGGAUGCAUAAUAACCUGUCAACAUCUGGUGGUGCUCUCAUGGUAAAUGGAAUCAAUGCUGACCAAGUGUAUGGGGGACAGAGGAAUGUUGGCAGCGCUGGAUUGGCCACCACUGUUACUACUGUUCCCAGCAGCCCUAUCAUCGCUGAUGAUGUGUUUGUGAAAGAUGGCAAGUUUAUCGCGAUUGGAAAAGAAAAUGUAGCAGCUAAGAAAGAGAGUGAGAGACUGAUCAUGUCCAAAAACACUGGCAAACAGUUCAUCACUUCCACCACCAGUGCUGGAGAAGGUAGACAAAAAAAAUCACCUAAAAGUAAAAAAAACACAAUCUCCAGCAUUACAGAAUCCACAAUGACUGCUUCCAGAGCCUCCACGAAAGACAAGGCAACCUACGCAGAGAUCCGUAAAGAUGAGUCUGACAGUGCAGGACUAGGAUUCUGUUCCUGCUGCUCGUGGUGGAAGUGGCUUCUGGCAUUGAUCUUAGGUCUUCUCCUUCUGCUGGGACUCAUCUGUGGUCUCAUCGCACUGGGUGAGGAGGUCCGGAAACUGAAGGCCCGUGUGGACGCUAUUGAUGGCGGAGAAAGAACAGUCUCUGCUCGAACCAGCCGUUUGUCCUCCUCCUCGGCUGUCAACAUCAUUGAUCCACUAGAAUCUUCAUACACUGAGCGCAUCCCUGGCGUCCGUGCCGAUAACACUAUAAACCUGGGUUCAGCAUCUACUGCACAAGACCCUGUCAUUCUGCAGACGACCAUCCAACAGAUCCUCAGAUCCGAACUUCAGUCUGACACCAUCAGAGCUUCACUGGCAACUUCACUUAAGGGUGAGAGAGGAGAGCCUGGGCCUAAAGGAGACCAAGGACCUCCUGGAGUGAAAGGUGAUACAGGGUUUCCUGGAAUUCCAGGUCCUCCUGGUCUCAUUGGUCACCCUGGACAGGAAGGUCCUCGGGGACCCAAAGGAAGUGCAGGUGAAUCAGGAAAUGACGGUUUACCUGGGCCGAGGGGUCGAGAGGGGCCAGCGGGCCACAGAGGAGAACAAGGACCCCCAGGAAUUGGAGAGAAAGGAGAGAAAGGUUCAUCCGGUGAUGUUGGUGCACCUGGGCUAGCAGGACCACCAGGCCCUGUGGGACCCAAAGGUGAUGCAGGUGCACAAGGCGUACCAGGUCUUUCAGGAGCUCCUGGACCCCAAGGCUUCCGUGGAGAUUCUGGUGAACCUGGACCCAAAGGUGACAAAGGACCUGCUGGGCCACCUGGGGUUAAAGGUCAGUAGAAGCCAGAGAUACACAGGGUAUUGCAAGGAGAGAGAGGACCACGUGGUACCACUGGUGAGCCAGGUCAGGUCGGACCAGCAGGGCCUGCUGGUGAGAAAGGUCUUAAAGGAUCAGCAGGUGCUCCUGGGCCAGAUGGUGUUAAAGGAAAUCGAGGGGAUCAAGGUCCGAGUGGGUUGCCUGGAGCUCGGGGACCCUCAGGGCCUCCUGGAGAUGCAGGAAUACCAGGUGCACCAGGACUCCAAGGACCACCAGGUUUGCCAGGUACUCCGGGCCAACCAGGAUCCAAAUUAAUAACAUAUCAAUAUCAAUAAGGUGAGCCCGGUGAGCCCGGAAGAGUCAUUUCGGCAGGCGCUAAUACUAACACUGUGGGUGUUCCUGGACCCCCUGGACCUCCUGGAGCUCCGGGUCCUUCCGGACCACCUGGACUAUCAGGUCCUAUUGGUCCUGCUGGUCUUCCUGGCUCUACAGGUUCAAAGGGAGAUAGAGGAGACAAAGGAGAAGAUGGGAAGCCUGGAGUCUCUGAGAGUGCAGGGAGUGAAUAUAAACCUGCUCCUCAACCUCCCCCCCCUCCCACCCCAGGACCUGGCGGACCACCACCAGAUGAUGGAAAACCAGGUAUUGGUCAACCUGGUCCUCCUGGUGAAAAAGGUGAACCGGGAAGCUUUGUACCCACUUCAGAAACCUUCUUUGCUGGACCGCCUGGGCCUCCUGGACCUAUUGGACCAAAGGGAUCACAAGGUGAUAUUGGCCCUCAAGGUUUCACUGGCCAGCCUGGACUACCUGGAGAACCUGGAAUCGGUAUUCCAGGACAGCCAGGGACACCAGGACCACGUGGAGAACAAGGUCCUGAGGGUCCACCAGGACCACAGGGACCUCAAGGACCAAUGGGUCCCAUGGGGCCAGAAGGUCCAAAAGGUGAUGCUGGAGUCCCAGGGGCCCCUGGCAUUCCAGGAUAUUCCUACGGUGGAGGAUCCAGAAGUGCUCCAGGACCACCAGGUCCACCUGGACCCCCAGGGCCUCCUGGAGCACCCGGUUCAUCGGAUGGUGGCUCACCAGAUGUUGUUCAACAGAUUUCAGACUACCUCAGAAGUGAACCCAUCAGAGAAUACCUGACCGGACCUCCAGGCCCACCUGGACCACCAGGAUCUCCCGGAUCAGGCUCUGAAGAUUCUCUGGCUAACCCUAACAUUGAAAACCAACAAAUUCAAAGAGAUGAGGUGAGGCAGUACCUGACUGGUCCUCCAGGGCCCCCAGGACCCCCAGGUGUGCCAGGUGGAUAUGGCUUUAACACUCAGGAAGUUGCUGGACGAGUGCUAAGACUCAUGAACGAUUCUGGUUUAACAGGUCUGCCAGGACCUCCCGGUCCCCCAGGACCUCAAGGACAACCAGGAAGCUCUGGAGGACUAGUGUCUUACGCUGCUAACGAAAACCAACAGCAAAUCCGCGCAGAGCCUCAGGAGUAUAUCAAAAGGCACCCAAGCUCUGAAGAGAAUUUGGAUUACGUGGUUAUCGCUAAACAGGUUUCAGAUUACAUUAAGAUCUUGUAUGUUUGAACUAAUGGCCUGUUACAAGGUCAAGGUUUGAUAGGGAUUCCAUGACAAGCACUACAUCCACAAGAGCCAACAGGAUUCCCGGGGCUCCCUGGACCCCCUGGACCCCGUGGACGUGACGGAGUCCCUGGACUCCCUGGACCUCCAGGAAUCAGUCUAGAAUUUUCUUCCUCCAAUAUGACAGCGAUCAUGGACUACAUCAGAGAAAACCAUAUGAUUGGACAACCAGGUGACAUAGGAUUCCCCGGUCAACCAGGCUACCCAGGAAACCAAGGAAUGAGAGGAGAAAAGGGAGAGAAGGGUGAAGCUUCAUAUGUCACUCGCAGGAGGAGGAGGAGGAGCACAGUCAUUUAGCUAGUGUGCCUAAAACAUGUACAUAUUUAGUCUUUUCUAUUCUUUUUUUUUUUCUUACUUUAGGUCAAUUUAUUACAAAAAGCUAAAUAUAUUCACAUUGAAUUAACAAGCAUUACAUGAUCAAAUUCACCUUUAUGAUGGCAGUUUUAAAGAAUUUAUGUUUUGGUUUUCUUGCAUGAAUGCAGAAUGGGAUUUUGUGGAUCUUGUGAUGUGCUUUAUAUCCUGCUUUUUGUCAUUUGUACUGUUAAAAUGCUUUCAUUAGACUCAAAAGUGGCUUGACUUUUAAAUUGAAAUUUUAAAUCUUUUUUUUUUUUAAGUUGUGGCUUACAAGAUACUUUCAGUAAUGUUCAUAAACAGAGACACUUGAAUAAUAGAGACCCAGAUGACUGAACUAUUCACCACAAAUGUUUUAAUUACAGCAGCUUCCUAUAAUCACAAUGAUUUGAUCUUUGACACAAACACAGUACAUACAACUGCUAACUUCACAUCACAAGUUGAAAAUGCUUAAAAGAAAAAAAAAAAAAAGUCAAGACAAACUCAAAGUCAAAAUGCAAACAGGCAUCAUGAAUGCUUUAUCAGAAGGUGCCCGGCACUCUCUGUACAGUCAGAUACAUACAGCAAUGCUCUCAGGUGAUCAUAAUGACAUUAACUUUGUGUUUUGACAUUUCUGUCUUUUUUCACAGAU